CCUGCACAUGAACCUCGCAUCUUUCUCUCUCGUGGGGAGCUGACUUCAAUCCUGGUGUCGUGGGACUCUAAAGAAACUCUCUCUACUCCCUGCCUGCUGCUGUCGUUGGUCUACCGUUGUUGCCUCAGUAGGAGGGGCCUGGAAAAUGGGCAACAUCUGCUCCAAGUCUGCCAAUCAACCUGACAACUUCUCCACUCCUGGCCACACCCUGGGUUCAAGCGCCGCACCGAAGCCAGCAUCAGCGCCGCCCACACAGAGGCUCACGGCGAGUACCCCCGGCCGGACGCUUGGUGGUGGUAGUGAUAGUAGAGACGGAGCAAACAGUCCGGACAAUGCUCGAAGUGCUGCCGCCAGAGCCGCUGAGGAGCGUGCCGCCAAAACCAACAAGCCUGGCGGCAAGCUGUCCGCCCAAUUGUCGAGCCAGAAAAAGCAGACGCAGAACCAGCUCUUGAAUGCUGGUUCAGAUGCGGAGCGGAGAGCUCGAGAUGCCGAUGAGGGUGCCCAGGCUCGUAAUUGGAACUGAGGCGUGUUCGUCGAUGGCACACCUGCAAUGGGUCGGAAAAGGGGUUCCAGCUUCCUUCCACCCUAUGGGCAUCUCAGAUGGGAGGAUUGUGUUGGCAGCGUUGUCCUGUUUUUCACCUGAGCAAGCCUCAGGACCAAAGCUUUCCUGAAAGGAAGAUGGAAGUUGAGUUCUUCAUCGACCCUUUCGUAUUCCCAACAUUACCAGUGGCGAUUUCCGGGGUUGGGAUGCGGAUUUGGACCAGGGUCGUCAGUGACUCAAGCAUCCCCACAGCACUAGAAGGCGCUUUGGAAUUCUUCGUAGAGCGCUAAUGCAGUCAGGGAUGGGAAGGUUAUGAAGGCCUAGAGUAUAUUUGUUGUCGUGUAGGUACAUGUUUCAGAUACGAGAGCAGUUGGUGAACGAGACCAUGAACACAG